CUUUAAAAAGAUCGAAAAACAUUUUCCAUGCGUCAACUGGGAGUGCAGGAGAACUGCAUUGGCCCAUAUAACAGCUGUCGUUGGUUGGUUGGUAAGAUUGUUACAAAUCCCAUCGAAGUAGACACUGCUUCCCACAUCGUUUUAUUUCUACUAUUAACAUACCCUUGACUAUUUACUUUGAUAUUGGGCUUGAAGGGUAUAGAAAAUGGGACUUUACACGGAACUCCCUAAGGAUAUUGAGGAAGUAGAUGUUAUCAUAGCCGGAGGCGGAACUGCCGGGUGUGUCAUCGCCGCGAGACUCGCUGAAGCGGAUCCGCAACUCUUCAUCUUGGUUGUCGAAGGUGGCCCAAAUAACCUCAAUGAGCCCAGCAUCAUUUUCCCAGUGUUCUUCCUCAGCCAUUUACUCUCAGACAGCAAGAACACCAUUUUCAACAGAGGGAAUAAGACGAAACACGUUGCCGACCGGGAGAUCAUAAUCCCCACUGGUGGCGUUCUGGGUGGGGGUUCCUCGAUCAAUUAUUUGAAGUAUGUCCGGGCACAGCGUAUGGACUUUGAUGCUUGGGAUACUCCGGGCUGGACAGCCGAAGAUAUGCUGUACUACAUGAAAAAGUUCGAAACCUACUACGGCCCUGGCAAAGAUGAGCUUCAUGGAAAGACGGGCCCUAUUCAUGUAUCCAGCGGCACCUUCCGACCCGAAAGAACGGGGAAGGAUUUCAUCGCCGCUGCAAGCAAACUUGGCUUACCCGAGUUUGAGGAUAUCGAUGAUCUCGAUUCUAAUGAAGGGGUGGGGAUUGCUCUGCGAUAUAUCUCACCAGAUGGUGUGCGACAAGAUACAGCUCAUCGGUACUUACAUCCCAAAUUACAGAGUGGACAGUAUCCGAAUCUACACGUUGUCGUGGAAUCCCAAGUCCUGAAAGUUCUAAUUGAGAACAAGAAGGCUGUCGGUGUAACGUAUCAACCAAAAAGAGAUCCUAAUGGACUUCGAACCGUCAAAGCUAGGCGAUUGGUGGUCGUUUCUUGCGGAGCUCUCGGAAGCCCACUCGUUCUGGAAAGGUCUGGCAUAGGGCACUCUGAAGUCCUCAAAAAAGCAGGUGUCGAGAUCGUUGAAGACCUCCCUGGAGUUGGGCAGGACUAUCAGGAUCACCAGAUCCUAGUAUAUCCGUACAGGAGUAGCCUUGCGCCUGAAGAGACCAUGGACGACGUUAUUGGUAGGCGAGUUGAUCCCGCCGAGCUAAUUAAGAAUAAAGCACCCGUUUUAGGCUGGAACGCGCAAGAUCUUACCUGUAAAGUAAGGCCGACCGAAGCUGAGGUGGCUGCGCUUGGCCCUAAGUUCCAGGCGGCUUGGGAGGCCGAUUUCAAGAACAAUUCGAACAAGCCCCUGACGAUAAUAUCGCCAACUGGCUGCUACCCAGGAGACCCGACCGGUGUCCCAGUAGGGCAGUAUGUCGGGACAGCCACUUUCAGUACGUAUCCGUACUCGCGUGGGCAUAUGCACAUAACUGGACCAACCUUGAGCGAUCCUCCCGAUUUCGAUACUGGUUUCCUCUCGGAUCCCGAGGGUCUUGACAUCAAAACGCAUGUCUGGGCAUACAAGAAACAGCGCGAGCUAUUGCGCCGUAUGAAUAUCUUCCGGGGCGAACUAAUUAGUCGUCACCCACCGUUUCCCGCUGGAUCGCGGGCGGCAUGUAUUGAGAUCGACGCUCCACUUACUGACGUUCGCGACAUUGAGUACAGUGCCGAAGACGAUGCGAUAUUGGAACAGUGGAUACGUGAGCACGUUGACAGCGUCUGGCAUGGUUUAGGCACGUGUAAAAUGGCACCCCGCGAUAAGGCGGGUGUUGUUGACGCCAACCUCGGUGUGUAUGGUAUUGAGGGGUUGAAAGUUGCAGACCUAGGUAUCGUCCCGACUAACGUCGCGGCGAACACAAACAGUGUCGUCUUGGCGAUUGGUGAGAAAGCCGCCGAUAUAUUCAUCAAGGAGCUUGGCCUUAGCAAAUAAUUGCCGAAGCAUACUUACGUAGAGAUGCGUGCUAGUUAGAAAGAUAGACAACAGAUGAAGCGCAUCCCACUCUCAAAUCCCG